GCUGACAUCGAUCUGGGACAGAUUCAAGUGGAGGCGCAGCGGGAUGGCGCCAGAGCUGGGGGUGAGUCUUCUGAUGUGCCCGAGGCCGGCCUCGGGGACUACUUCCUCAAGGACUACAAGGGAGGCGGUGUCUUUGAGCACGAGGCCUACGAGCCCUAUGCCCCGGAAUGGUGCUGGAUCCACAAGAGCUCUGGCAUCAAGGUGUGGCAGGAUGCCCUGGACCUGACUCAGUCCAGUGGAAGUGGCGAAGUCGAGUGCUUCUUUCAUUACACGACCCAGUUGGGGUUCCGAAACAUUACGGCUCCACAGAAGAAAGCCGUUGAAGUCUUCGCCUCUUUGCUCACCAGCGGUCCGAAGGCCAAUGCGUGGUGGGGACAAGGCGUUUACAGUGUCAGAAGGGCGCCGGAUGAAUGGCCAGACGUGGCCACGCUGAUUGACAAUAACUAUCGGAAUAUGCAUAAGAGGGACGUUGAAUCGAAAGGCCGUGAGGCCGCGGACGAGGAGAGUGUGCCUUUCUUAGGUGCCGCAUUUCUUGUCCACAUUUUUGGUUCAAUUUUUGGAUGUGCACAUGGUCAGUACCAGUAUUUGCAGAUUAACAGACCUAGAUCCAGUCAUGCAGGAGUACGCUUCCCGUGUGGCUUACUGUAUUCCACUCUUGGCAAACUCUGCCAUAUGCUACGAUGUUUCGGUUCAACAGACGCCGGAGAUGCAGAAGGAGGCUGGUAG